AUUACAAAUCAUUCAUUCAUUCAAUUCAUUGAUUUGUUUUUAAAAAAAAAAUCUAAAGUUUUUAUUAAAACUAAUUAAUCAUUAAAUCAUUUCAUUAUUUAAUUUAUUUUUUGUUGUUUUAAAAUUUAAAAAAUCUCAUCAAUUGUUUUACCGAUAAUUAUAAUAAUAAUAAUAAUAAGACAAUGAGUCCGACGCCAGUCAGUAGUCAUAACAAUACAACGGCCGCCGAUGCGAUGAAAUUAUCGGUAAAAACUGUGGCCAACACAGCCGAUGGUAUAGCCGCCAGUGGCGGUGGCGGCGGAGAUCUCAAGACCACAAACGGCAAGAUUGUGACCACCAAUGCAGUUGUCACAGCCGAUGGUAUAGCCGCCGGUGGCGGAGGAGAUCUCAAGACCACCACCACAAACGGCAAGAUUGUGGCCACCGAUGCAGUUGUCACAGCCGAGAGCAUUGCCGGCGGCGGAGAUCUCAAGACCACCACCACAAACGGCAAGAUUGUGGCCACCGAUGCAGUUGUCACAGCCGAGAGCAUUGCCGGCGGCGGAGAUCUCAAGACCACCACCACAAACGGCAAGAAGAUUGUUGCGGUGGACUCGGAUGAAAUGCCGCCGAUCAAAGGUUUCGAAGAUAUCCGAUUGACCGCCGCCGCUACCGAACCGUUACUUCGGGAAAACGGAUCCCGAUUUGUGAUAUUUCCCAUUGAAUACCCAGACAUCUGGCAGAUGUACAAACAGGCAGAAGCKUCGUUCUGGACGGUCGAAGAAGUGGAUCUGUCCCGCGAUCUGAAGGACUGGAAAAAAUUGAAUUCAAAAGAAAAACACUUUAUAUCGCAUGUGUUGGCCUUUUUUGCCGCCUCUGAUGGUAUUGUCAACGAAAAUCUGGCCGAACGAUUUAUUCGGGAAAUACAGGUUACCGAAGCCCGUUGUUUCUAUGGCUUUCAGAUAGCCAUCGAAAACAUUCAUUCGGAAAUGUAUUCACUGCUAAUCAAUACUUAUAUUACUGAACCCGAGGAACGUAAUUUUCUAUUCAAUGCCAUCGAGACGUUGCCGUGCGUCAAGAAAAAGGCCAACUGGGCUAUGGCCUGGACAUCGUCAGCGACGGCCACUUUCCCCGAACGAUUGGUUGCGUUCGCAUCAGUCGAAGGCAUAUUCUUUAGCGGUUCGUUUGCAUCGAUAUUCUGGCUGAAAAAACGCGGACUAAUGCCUGGCCUGACGUUCAGCAAUGAACUGAUCAGCCGUGACGAAGGUCUUCACUGUGACUUUGCUUGUCUACUGUUCCGCCAUAUUGUCGAUAAGCCCCCGAACGAUCGUGUCCUGCAGAUAGUCAAAGAGGCCGUUAGUAUUGAACAGGARUUCCURACCGAUGCCCUGCCCGUCAACUUGAUUGGCAUGAAUUGUGAUCUAAUGAAACAGUAUAUUGAAUACGUUGCCGACCGUCUACUAAGCGAAUUGGGUGUUCCCAAGUACUACAACAGUACCAAUCCGUUUGAUUUCAUGGAACAGAUAUCGCUGGAAGGAAAGACCAACUUCUUCGAGAAGCGUGUCGGCGAAUAUCAGAAGAGCGGUGUUAUGUCYAACAAAGAGGAUCACAAGUUUGUUCUCGACGCCGACUUUUAAGAUAAAAAAAACGUUGUUGUUGUUGUUGAUGGUGUCUAWACCAUCGAUGACAAUUGAUAAUCAUCUACUGGUGCCAUCAUUUUUAUCGAUCAAUAUAUCACAAUAUUAUAUAUCCAUUUCAUUACAUAAWACCUAUUGAAAUGUUUUCAUUAAUUAGUAUUUUUUUUAUCAU